GAGUGGCCGGCGUUGCUACAAUCGAAGCUGCAUAGGCUAAAAAAUAAUCCUAGUUCGCAUAAUGUCAUACAAUUCGGUGUGUACGUGACCUAAAUUAGCUUAUGUAGCUUCAAGUGUACUUCGAUUCGUGUGAAGGGAUUUUUGUUGAAAGCAUUGCGAGCGCAUCUCAUUCAAGUCGGCCAUUUUACUGAUAAUGUUUUCACUUAAUUACGAAUAGAUUAUCGCGUGGUUUUUAACUCGAAUUUCCGAAAUUUGGACAAUAUUUCGUGACGAAUAAUAUCGUGAAUGGCGUCUAAAGUGGCGAAGUGUCGUUUGAAAUACUGUACGAGUGGUGGACAAGUGAUGAAAUAGUGUUGAUUUUGGACAUCGUGUGUUGAUAAAAAAGACAUGUCCGUGGUUAGUGAUGAAGCUGGGACCUCGGCGGGUGGUGUGGCCAUUCAGGUGUUCCGGCCGACAUGGGAGGAAUUCAAGGAUUUCAACAAUUACAUCCAGUAUAUGGAGUCGAAGGGAGCUCACAAGGCAGGCCUGGCUAAAGUGAUCCCUCCGCCGGAGUGGGUGCCUCGUAAGUCGGGCUAUGACUUGGACGCCCUAAACGUGACGAUACCCUCGCCAAUUUGCCAGGUGGUGACUGGAAAACAAGGUUUGUUCCAACAGAUCAAUAUUCAGAAAAAAGCCAUGACUGUGAAGCAAUUUGCUGUGAUGGCCAACUCUGCGAAAUACUGCACUCCUCGACACAGUAGCUAUGAUGAUCUUGAGAGGAAGUACUGGAAAAAUGUAACCUACGUUGCUCCGAUAUACGGUGCCGAUGUCAACGGCAGCAUCACUGAUCCAGAUGUCAAAGAAUGGAACAUAAACCAUUUGGGAACGAUACUCGAUUUUGUCAACUCAGAUUACGGAAUAGAAAUUGACGGUGUAAACACAGCUUAUUUGUACUUUGGCAUGUGGAAAACAACAUUCGCUUGGCACACCGAAGACAUGGAUUUGUACUCAAUAAAUUAUCUACACUUUGGUGAACCCAAAACAUGGUAUGCAAUCCCACCGGAACACGGAAAACGGUUUGAAAGAAUCGCUUCUGGAUUUUUCCCGACUUCUGCGAAAACCUGUCAAGCUUUCCUACGACACAAGAUGACAUUGAUCUCACCACAGAUUCUGAAACAAUAUUCAGUUCCAGUCAAUAAAAUCACUCAAGAGGCUGGUGAGAUUAUGAUCACAUUCCCGUUUGGCUACCAUGCAGGUUUCAAUCAUGGCUUCAACUGUGCGGAGUCGACAAACUUUGCAGCUCCACGAUGGGUGGAAUACGGAAAGAGGGCAACUCAAUGUACUUGCAGCAAUGACAUGGUUAAAAUAUCGAUGGAUACAUUUGUGAAAAGGUUCCAGCCAGAUCGCUACGAACUGUGGCUGAAAGGCCAAGACAUCGGCUGUCAUCCGGAACAGCCUGAGAAAAUGGUACCCGCACCACAUCCUUCAGGCCAAGACAUUUUGUGCAACAAAAACAACACGGAACUCCCAGAAUCAUUUAUAGAAGCUGAAGUUGAGAAUUCAAAGAAAAAGAAACGUCACCCGCUUCAUCUGAAGAGAGCAAUGGCCAGUAAAAGCAUAUCUGAAGGUGCGAUUGCUGUGUCCAUUUUAGGUCACGAUGUUAUGGAUGACGAUGAGAUGACAAUGGCUGAAGGAGACCUGGAUAUGAUGACCUCAAUGAAGCGACCGAUGAUGCCAAUGGACCCUGAUGACACACAGCUGGAUGCUCUUGAAGACAUCUGGCUGAAAGGAGAUGAGAUGGACCCAUCUGAAGCUCAAUUGCCUGACGUUGGAUAUAUGGACUCUGACAAAGAUUCUGAUUACGAAGAACCAAAGAGUAAAAAGAUGUCAAAACCCAGAAGAAAGACGAAAGAGAGUAUCAAGAAAGAAGGCAAAGUCAAAUCAGAAGAUGGGAAGGUCAAAACGGAGGAUGAAAUCUCUGAAGAUAAAGACAAAAAGAAAUCUCCAUCGAAAGCUAGUCAGAAACCCAAACAGAAGGGAGUGAAGAAAGUGAAGACAAAGAAAUUGUCAGAUGAACAGCUUGACGAUAUGGCCUCUGCGGUCUCGAACUGGGAGUCUCCGCCGCAUGUCGAAGGGUUAAGUCCAAACGCAGUCGCGAAGACAGACGGCAGUGAUCCGCUGGAAACAAGCCAGGCUAAACCAAAUACCUCUACUGAAUCAAAUACGACGCAGGGAACACCUGAAGUAAAGACUGAAGUGAAGAAAGAGCGCAAAAAGCGGAAACCCGCCGUGAAAUCUGACGCAGAAAAGAAGGAAAAACCGCCGAAGAAAGAGCGCGUUAAGAAGGAGCCCAAAGUAAAGAGCGACGUACCAAAAGAAAAGAAGCCGAGGAAACCGCGAACGCCUAAAAAGCAUCCCAACUUCGAAUACAACUCACCGGUAGAACCAGUAAUGUCAAGGCAAUCCAAAAUGUACUCUACUACACAGAAAAUAACCGCUACAACAGUCUCCCCGCCUACAUCUACCGUCACUUCUUCAAUACUCAAACAGUUGACGCCGCUGCAAACACCGCCUAAAGUUCUUUACUCAAAUGCAACAUCAAAUGCCAAAACAGUUCAACCAAAGUCCUACGACUACGACACAAAACCAUACACGAGUAGAGUGCUAGAUUCAAGUAUACGGGUUCCAGCUGUAAUUCCACCUUUGAAUAAAGACCCUAGUGCCUUCCAAGGGGAAUUCCACAAGUUUAUGUCGAACAAACAGAAUGUUUUGCCCGUGUCACCGCCGUUAGGGCAAGUCAGACGGCAAGCUAAGAAGCCUUCGCCUCCCAAAACCGUCGCACAGCCUGCUCAGCCCGCUAAUCCGCAGGAAUGGCCCAUGCCAGUGGGCCAGUACAAUGACAGCAUAUUCCUUGACUCCCCACUCGACUAUCGGACGUAUGCACCUCUGCAGACAGCGCAAAGGCACCCAAAUCCUGAACCGGCCAGGUCUUGGAGACCAGAGGACGCCUACUACCAACAACAUCAUCAGCAACAGUCCUUCCAAAAUAUGCACAACAUCUUCAAUCAAAUCAACACAAACGAUGACUACUACAGAAGUCCGUACCAAUCCCCGUGGUAUUCGUACCAGAAAUAAUCAGUAUUGUAAUAGUUACUCAAUAAGUAAUUUAAAUCCGUUCGAUAUUUCUUAUUAAAGACUAUAAAUAUUGCUUAAUGAUGUAAAUUGAUUACAAGAUUUAGUUUAAUUUAUUGUACAAAAUAAUUAAAUUACAGAGUUUAGUUCACAAUUCUUUAUUACAGUGUUAAUUGCAAACACUAAUGAAUAUAGUCAUCUAUUAUCAGGCUGUGGGGAUUUACAUCCAUCGCCUAUUCAUAUUCAUAAAUCCAUAAAAACUAUAAUAAAAUCACAGAAAGUAAUUUUUUACACUACCAAUAAUUUAAAAGUACCUAAUAGAGUCUAGAAAAUGUAACACUAAAGUUUUUUCUAUUUAUCAAACUAUAUGUUUGUGAUUUGAUUAUUUGCACUUAUUUUUAGGGUGUGAUUUUAAGCAAUAACCGUUUAACUUAUUUUAAAUUGUGUUGGUAAAUUAAAAAACGAUACAAAAUAAUAAAUGUUGAUUGAAAAAUGUUUACGAUUGUUAAAGUGAACUAUUAUAAAUAGGUAGAUUUAAUGGGAUCUUUAUUCAUUAAUUUCAAUAUAAAAAAUCCGCUUUGUGAAUGGAUUGUAAAUUAUUAUUUGUGUAUCAUCAUUACACUUAAGUUACGAAUGAUGUGAAAAGUGAUUUGGUUAAGUUACAUGGCAGAAUGUUUAACUAGCGGCCGCCCGCGACUUCGUACGCGUGGAUCCCGUUUUACUCCCUUAAGGGUUGAAUUUUGCAAAAUUCUGUCUUAGUGAGCACCUACGUUCUAAAAGGAACCCCCAUGCAAAAUUUGAGAUUCCUAGCACUUGUAGUUUCUGAAAUUUCGUGAUGAGUGAAGUGAGUCAGUAAUUUCGUAUGAACCUUUAAAAUUAUAAAUUAAAAAAUGUCUAUGUUAAUCACUAAAAAAAAAUAGAAUUCUAAUGGUGAAAGAAUUUUUCAAAACCGGUCCAAUAGUUUUCGAGUUUAUUUAUUACAAACAUACAAAUAUUUUACGUAAUCUCUUCUAUAUUUUGGAUUGUCAACCAAAUCACUUUCCACAUCAUUUAAUCAUGCUCUUAGCCAUUUUAUCGACUGAUUGAAUACCUAAUUUAGUAUAAAAAUCACAUUUAAGUAUAGUUCUACUUAGUUUAAUGUAGCAGCUUUACCAUAGUAUAAGUGUUGUACACAAUUUUGGGUGUCCUAAGUAUUAGUUUUAGGCUCCCUGCAGACUACAGAUUUAAUCGGCCGAUAGUUAUGUCAGUCAGGCUGUUGAUCAGUCUGAACAAGUACGGAAGUGCGCACAUUACACCGAUUUGGUAUCGGCCGAUUCUUCAUACAAGUUUGAAACUGACCAGACUGAUUAAAAAAUCUGUAGCCUGUGGCGAGUCUUAAAAUUUGAUUUAUUAUUUCAACACGAUUCUAUUGGCUUGUCUGCCGUAUCCGUGAUUUUGGUUCUAUCCCUUUCGCUCUUAAGCAGUCGUGGCUUGUGCAACAAGGACAGAUAUAGCCGAAAAUACGGAGAUGGUAGGCUUGAAAAUGAGUACUUUACACUUGUUUGAAAUUAAUAGUUAUUUUCAUCAUAAGUGUGGAAUUAAUUACAAAAUAAUUAUAUUCAGAAUUGAGAUUUUAUUGUAUUGGUCUAGAAGUGGGCUAUUAAAUUUAAAAUAACGUACCUAUUCAAGUGUUUUCCAGAAAUAUGUGAAGGCAUUUUGGUUGUUAAGUAUAAUAUAAAGCUUGUAAAAAGUGAAUUUCUUAGUCAUAAAUGUAUUAAGACUCUUAACCAUGUGAACUAUUGUAUAUAAGAUUAGAAUUAUAUUAAAUAGCUAAUUUAGAGGUAAUUUACGAGGGUAGUCUAACUUUACUGAACUUCUAGACAAAAUAACGUCACUUCAAAAUUUGAUUCGCUUGCAAGUCAAAAAGCCAAUUUAAAGAUGGAGCUAUUAAAUGUGACUUUUUAUGGGUUUUGUACAUUUGUACCGAAAAAUGGCGCUUGUCGACUACUUGUUUCACUAUUUGAUUUGUAACUGUAACAUAAAGCCAUAAGGUUCGAAGUUUGAGACCUGU